AUGGAGCAGGAUCAGGUGCCGGAGAGAAGGAGUACCUUCUCUAACUUGAAGAUAGUGCAAGGGAAGACUGGGGAGGAGAGGAAAAUCUUGCAAGCCAGGGUGGAAGCCAGGGUAACUCCUACCAAGCCAGUAGAUCCCAGGGAGCUAGAAGAAAAAGUGCAAAGGAUAAAAGAGAAGUUUCGCAAGGAUGAAGAGCAGAGGCAGGUAAUCAUUAUGAAGAAGGCACCCGCAGCAAAACAACUAAGAAGGAAGUUGGCGCCUGAAGCAGCAGCAUCCCCAGCAAAAAUAAGUAAGAUGGAAAUGGUGUUAGAGAGGGCUGAUCAGGACAAGGAAAGGAAGGCAAGACGAGCAAAGGAACUGGCGGAGUCAGGAAUGAAUUGGAUGGAGAUGGUAGAGGAGGAAGAAAAAGGAGCAACCGAAGAAACCAUGGAAAUUGAAGGGACCGAACAUGUGUGCAUGCCAGGGGAAUGCGAGGUAGUUUUAAACACGGAAAAAUUACCAUCAAGCUCUAGCUCUAGUUCCAGUUCCAGUUCCAGUUCAAGCUCCAGCUCAAGCUCAAGUUCAAGUUCUUCUAGUGAAAGUGAAAGUGAAAGUGAGAGUGAAACGGAAGAGAAAGGUGAAACAAAAGUGAGUGGAUUUGAAAAGGAGUUGCAAGAUCUACAGGAAAUAAUGGAGACAACAGGGGACAAGGAGAAAGAAAUAGAUGACAAGAUAAGAAAGGAAGAGGAGGAGAUCACAAAAAUAACAGAGAAACUACAAGAACUGAACAAGAGCAAAUGGAAGUUACAUCCCAUAGACGAAGACUGCCUAUCCAAGCCCACACCAAAAGCGAAGUGGAUGAAAGAACUACAAGAGGAAAGAGAGAAAGAAAAGGGAGAGAAAAAGUUCCAUCCGGACGACCCAGGGUUCAAGAUACGGUGCAGGAGGUGCAAUCAGCGAGGACAUCCGACGGCAGCAUGCACUGGAGAAAAGAGAAGAAAGAAGUAA